AUCGUGAUAAAUAUACCGUUAAAGAACAAAGACCACUUCAGAAAAAGAAACGGACAUUUUGCACGUUGACACCAAAUCAGUGGCUUACGCUGCUGAGCACCUUCCUACUGCCGUUAGCGCUGGCAGCCUACGGUGUUAUAACGGCUCAACAAGAUGCAAAAGAAGCACAGUCUAAUCGGGAUUCGGAUAUUGAAGCAGCUGAUCAAAGACGUCGUGACGAUCUUGCAAAUGCAGCGGAACUUCGCUAUAGCAACGUCUUUGAUUCAUUCGUACUGUUCAUGUUUGAUUUAGAUAGACAGGGCUAUUUAAAUGAAGACAAGUUUCCUUGGAGUCAUGCUAAUGCACGUUUUAGAGCGGCCUAUUAUGAGCUGGAUGCACUGCGACGCGGUUGGUGUCUGCAAUUUCUAAAGCAGCAUGGUAUGAUCGGAACAUCAUUGGUUGAAAGUGUUGAUUCGAGACUAUCUGAAACAACAACGAGACUUGGUGAACAUGUAAUCAAGCUAACUGGUUUAAGCAUCGACAGCAUUUGUUUCAGAAGUGAAGCCGCAAAUGUAAGCAAGUUAGAUAUGAACGGCAUCCGAUUCGAUCUCUUAUUGAUGUCCAACACUUCAUUUGAAAACGUGAAUUUAGAUUCGACGACAUACACCGGCUCUCGAGUAAGCCAGGUGAUGCUUCAACAUUCCAC